AUGGCACAAAAAAUAAUCCUGGCUGACGAGUGCACGGAGGCCGAGGGUCGAGCGUGGCACAUGAAACACUUCGCGUGCCAGGAAUGUUCACGGCAGCUGGGAGGACAGCGGUACAUCAUGAGGGAGGCCAGGCCGUACUGCCUGCCUUGCUUCGACAAUUGCUUCGCAGAAUACUGUGACGCCUGCGGGGAGCCCAUCGGCGUGGAUCAAGGUCAGAUGUCUCACGAGGGCCAGCACUGGCACGCCACCGAGCGGUGCUUCGCGUGUCACACGUGUAGAGCCAGUCUUCUCGGGCGACCGUUCUUACCUCGCAAGGGAGCUAUAUUUUGUUCUAUAGCCUGCUCCAAAGGCGAACCACCGACGCCGUCAGAUUCGUCAGGUCCUGGACCGAGACCGCCACGCGUGCCGAGACCGAGAAGAUUGCCUUCGCCGAAAUCACCAGAGAGAACUCCACCGAGGGAAGCCUCUCCUCACAUAGACGCAGAUUCGGAACCGAGCGCUUCUCUAGCCACUGAAUCACCGCCGCCUCACCCGCCGCCGCCGCCACAUCCUUGCCUGAGCUUAGACAGAGCGUUAGCUGACUUAAAGUUAGAACAAUCGAUAACCGAGCACCAAAUACCACCGACACCAACCUCAGAUGAAGUCCAAGAGUCCCCGGAAUCUAAUUGGAAACCACCUCAUCCUGUGGAAGCCCAAACGGUUAUAACACCCGGUCACUCAACGUCGAUGCCCGAAUUGACGCUCGUUGAUGGUAGGAGUCAGAAAAAGCCCCGAGGAGGACGAACCGUUCGUUUUUGUGGUGACGACAACGAAGCCUUCGAGCCUGAUGAACCUGAACGGAAAGACAAAAGUAAAGCGAGAGAUGACGACGCCAGCAGCUACUGCAGCACGUGCUCCUCAUCUUCCUCGUCCACCGAAUCUUACACUCUGCCUACCAGAAGAGCGUACGGCGGAGUCAGGAUAUCGUACGUGCCAAACGACGCCGUCGCUUGCGCGAAGAGGGAACGACAGAGAAAGAACAAUCAACCAGAUAAGAAUUGUAUCAUCUCGUGA